AUUUCCGGUUGCUAUCGUUGACUUCCGGUUUUCUUUUACUCAUCAGGAUUUUAUUUUUUAUGGUGAAGAUCGACGUUUAGUCAUAUUUAGUGCACCUUUUAGGCAAAUAUAUAUCUUGUGGCACAACACAAUGCAGUUCAUUAACAGUAUAUUAGAUGUAUAUGUGGCGUUACAGGUUGUGUUUGCGGUGUCGUGGUGUUUUUCUGAUUCGGAUCCAGGGCCUGUAGUAACGUUAGCUUCUCAAUCGUCUAAUGGAGAUCGUUUCAAAAUCGAAGGACGGGCGGUCGUUCCCGGAAUCAAAACGCAGGACUGGAUCUCCACAGCCCGAGUCAUGGUGGAGGGAGAGGAAUACGUUGGUUUUCUGAGGACUGAUGGGAGCUUUGCUGUGAACGAUGUGCCCUCUGGUUCAUAUGUGGUUGAAAUCAUAUCACCAUCCUUCAGAUUUGAACCUGUUCGAGUCGAUAUCACGUCUAAAGGGAAAAUAAGGGCACGCUUGGUGAAUUACAUCAAAACGUCUGAAGUUAUUCGACAGCCGUAUCCUCUUCAGAUCAGAUCAAAUGGUCCACACUCAUUCUUCAUGAAAAGAGAGACCUGGGGGUGGACCGAUUUUCUGAUGAACCCAAUGGUCAUGAUGAUGGUUCUUCCCUUACUAAUCAUCGUCCUGCUACCGAAGGUGGUAAAUACUAAUGAUCCUGAAAUGAGAAAGGAAAUGGAGCAGUCUAUGAAUAUGUUGAAUCCUAACCCAGAAUUACCUGAUGUUUCUGAAUUCAUGACUAAAUUGUUCUCCAAGGGCUCCAGUAAAUCAGUGGGCGGUAAUAAAGGUAGCAGAAGUGUUGCACCAAAAAGGAGGUAGUGCUUUGUAUUGAGGAUCUGUCAGUUUUCUUAAACACUGUUUGACCGGUUUUCUUUUUUUUACAUGAACAGUUUCUUUUCAACUGAAACACUCGACAAAGCAGAACUGUGUUUGCACUGACCCUUUUUUUCUAUGCUUAUUGUCUCAUGUGGAUCUUUUUGCUUAUUAUGACACCCUGGAAACAAUACAUCGUGUUUAAAUAAUGGUUAAUAGAUAAGUACAGUUAGAAAGCAUGAAUUCACAAUCUUUUAAAUAGAACUGGUUGUUUUAAUGUAUGUAGAAUGAGUGGGAAAUAACAUUACUGAUCUAUUACCCUGGAUUGGUCAAGACUUCCUUUCCAAGUGGGGACUGUUAGAGAUUUUCAGUUUUCUGAAACAUUUCAAUAUCCUAUAACGCAGUUAACAUUGUGAUGGUAGUCUAUGCUUUUACUGCUGCUGUGAGUCAUCAAACAAAUAUAUGAUUCCUUCUCAGAAUUGAGGUCAAUGCAAUUUCACCUCCACUUAAAUAUAAGCAAAAAUGUGCUAGAAAAUAAAAAAUAUAUAUGAAUUGUUUGGCUUUUUAAAGUAGAUCGCUGUGGUUCGAUGCAAUACUUGCAAUAUGUGUUGUUUUUGUUCAGUUUGUCACAGGCAUUCUGGAUUUUACACAUCAAGCUCUCUAGAGCUUUAAGGGUCCGAAUAGAUAUUAAAGAUAUAAUGGGGCCAUCUUCACAAUGAAGCCAUGUGCAUUGUCAGUCUAACUCAAGGUGACAUUGACCCCAAUUCUGUUUCACAAUUACUUGAAACAAAGCUUCUAGUUUAAAAAUAUUUACUAUAUCAUGUUGAGUUUGUACAAGACUGUGAAUGAAGAUAAAUGCAUAAGAUUUAAGCUAUGAAGUAUAAUCUUUAUUUAACUGAAUGGGAAUAAAUUGUGGUGGGAAAUAUGGUUA